AUGAUCGGGCAGUUUCUUCUACCUCCAUCACUUGCUCCAAUCGUCUUCUUGCUGGGAAUAAAACUUUCCCUUCGCCCCUCCGCUUCAGGGCCGUGUUUACGGUUUGGGGGCGGAGCUUUAGCAGUAUUCGAGGUUAAGAUCGGGCUUGAUGGUGAUUCUCAGCAGAGAUUUUCCCGGAAGCCAGAACGAUCUCGCCGAGCAUCGGAAGCUUCAGGCGGUGGACGGCGUUGCUGUCAAACCCUACCAUGA